AUGGCUAUGGUCUCUGCCAUGUCCUGGGUCCUCUACUUGUGGAUAAGCACGUGCGCUAUGCUGCUUUGCCAUGGAUCUCUUCAGCAUACAUUCCAGCAACACCACCUGCACAGGCCAGAAGGAGGGACCUGUGAAGUGAUUGCAGCGCAUAGAUGUUGUAACAAGAAUCGCAUAGAGGAGCGAUCGCAAACAGUGAAGUGUUCCUGUCUCCCUGGGAAAGUGGCAGGGACAACAAGAAACAGACCUUCCUGUGUUGAUGCCUCCAUAGUGAUUGGGAAGUGGUGGUGUGAGAUGGAGCCUUGCCUAGAGGGAGAAGAAUGUAAGACACUCCCUGACAAUUCUGGAUGGAUGUGCGCAACAGGCAACAAAAUUAAGACUACAAGAAUUCACCCAAGAACCUAA